CUGUGGGAAGCCGAGCGCUAGACAUGUGUGCACCAUCUGCCUGCACCUCGCAGUCGUGGAUAGGACUGCUGCGUAUUGUUGGGCAUCAAGUUCCAGCUUGGCCUGCAGCAGUAGUUUCGUCGUGUGUGUGUCGUGCUCAAGCGGAUAGCGUCAGGCCUGUUGCGUCCCCUGAUCUCAAAAUCUCCGAUGAGUUGGAGCAACCCCGUUAAUUUACGGGUAUCGCAGCUGAACUGAAAUAAAUGCAAAAAGAAAAAGACUAGCCGAUGACAUGGAACCUGCGCCCACAGGGGUCGGCGGCAUGGAAAGUGCAAUCAAGUCCUUGGAUUCAGAGCGGCUGUUGCACAGGGUCGGAAGUGUACUCGGAACGUUGAAAUCCCAUGGCGUAGACUUACAAGCGCCCUGCAGCGACACCCUCGGCAAAACCAAGUGCUGGUUAAAGUGGCACCUGCCUGCUGUGAACGAAGUCCUCUGGAAUAUCUCCAUGCAGGUCGUGGAACAUGCACCCGGUGCGUUCACGCUGGGCAGCCUUGACGCUGCCGAUGUGGACACAGUACGUACGGACGCCUCUUUUCAGGACGGCGGCCUCCUUGUGUACUGGCUGCUCGCGCAUCACAGCUGCAUCAAGCGACUUCUUCUGGGCAUCACGGCUGUUCCCCUGUGGCACUUUCCUUCGCUGCUCGCCAGCGCAAUCCAUGCCAGCCGAGGCAUCGUAGAGGUCGCAGGCGACCCUAACGACAUGACGGAGUCCUGGCGGGAAAUCCGUCAGUGCAGGGUUCUGGCGUGCGCCCUGGGAAAACUGUCGCCUGCGUUGAAUUGCUUAGAUUUGACGUCGCUGAAACUGGACCACGUCGCAGCAGAGUGCAUCGCCGAUGACAUUGCCAGGAGCAACCUGCGGCGCCUGCACCUGUGCAGCGAAAUGUCAGCGAGUGUCACACGGAAACUGUUGUCUGGCGUCAGCUCCUGCCAAAGCCUGACCUCUCUCGAGCUCACCGGUUUCACGCAGUUCUCUCGGUCCAGUGCAGUCGCGCUAGCAGCCGCCUUGAAGCGCAACAGAACGCUACGGAGACUGUUUCUGAAGUUCGUGGAGGAUGACGUGGUCGGUAUCAUCCUUGCCUCUCUGAAGCACAACGAGGCGCUACACGAGCUGUCGCUCGACUAUUCGAUAGACUUUACGCGUUCUACAAUGUGGGACGGGCUUCAAGCACUCCGGGAGAACAGGGUGCUCAAGUGCCUCAAACUUACUGACGCCUACCUUUCUAACAGCUGUGCGAUGGUCAUAGCUGAAGUGCUGCGGCACAACAAUGCGCUCGAAGAGAUUUCGCUUUCUACGAACCAGAUCAGCGACCUCGGGGCGCGAGCGCUGGCGAAGACACUGGAGCAGAGUUCUAGCAUAAGGCGUCUCGACAUCUCACAAAACCGAUUGACCGCUGGUGUCGUGCCGAAGUUUAUAGAAGCGAUUUCACGGAACAGCACGAUCGAAUGCGUAGAACUCGGCAACGUCGACAUCCCCGAAGAGUGGGCUCCGACAUCGCCUCUUACAGCUGAUGUGUUCGCUCGCUUGCACGUUUCGUGGAACGGCCGCGGACUUGAGGAAUGGGCUGCGUGUCUACCCCGUGAAGGGCACCGCUUUCGCCGACCGUCCAUUGGCUGGAACAACGCCGCGAACUGCUCGGGCAUUGUGCAGUGGUUUUCCGCAGCGCGCGCCAGUAGUGCGUCUCUCGUGGAACUGGUCAUCGAGUGUCCGCGCGCAGUGGGUGCAGACUGCACCGAAGCGGUCGUCUCUUUUCUGGAGGCCACACAUUCCCUCAAAAAGCUGAUUGUGCGUCCGUCCCAUUGUAACUACGUGUUCUCAGCUGCGGUUAUUAACGGUCUCGCCCGAAAUAAGACCGUCUGCGAGGCUGAGUUCCACCAGGAGCUCCGCGCCCACUUGGAUGUCAAGGCUAUUGAGGCCCUCCUGCUCGCCAACCGAACUCUACACCGUCUAAAGUUCAGGGAUGACUCUCUCCCCAGCAAGGCGCCUACUUUGUUUGCACGUGCGCUGGAGGACAACUUCGUGUUCCUCACUCUGGAAUUUGAGCGCCACUACGUGAGAAACGACAUGUACCCAAUAGUGAGCGCCCUGAACAGGAACAGAUCACUUCUGAACAGAGCAGUCGAAUGUGUCCUGGGCGCUGCUAGGGAUGAGCUGUCGGCACGAGCCCUUCGCCUUCUUUCGGCCACCGAAUCGCUUCUCGAUACAGUCGCUGACGUUUCGGGCAAGACGCGCGAGGAGUGCCGGUGUUUGGUGCUAGAAGCAGUGCGCCGCCUCAAUAGUCAAGCCUCUGAAGAUGUUGUUACGAGUCGCUUACACAAAGUAGACGAAGACUGCGAUCGGCCUACGGCUCCAGUUUGUGUAAACAGUCAUUGUGUAUAAACAUUCCGCUAGAUUUUACCCACUUGUCGCCUCGCAAUAGAUUGGUAGAUUAGUAAUGUCAUUAUAGAACAAAUGGAUGCGUGGCGCCCCAACGAUUAUGUAUAUAGAAGUUAGCCUAGCCAACCACAGCUCACUGUAAUUUAUGGUUGGCUAGUGGUGAGCUAGGAAUCGCGAUAUCGCCAAACAGUGCGGGUUCAUUUGGAGACUGGCUGUAACUUCGUGGGACACGACGCACGCUGUGCUCUUUGCCGACGAAGCUGAACUGUGAAAAUGAAGAUCUGUCUUAAUGUGUUCUUUCCCUUCUCGCCACGAUCGCCUCAGACCAUCUUCUGAGAUUAAAGACAUUCUUUCAAUGUGCCAUCAAGCUUCAACAUCUCGGAAAAAAGUUACGUUUACGGUAACCAAAAACCCUACGGCUGUCAUGUGUGUUUUCGUUUCUAGUCCACAACCGAACUGCAGUUUCUAUUUAUUCUUAAAGAAAUAACCACGCGACCCCUGUAAGGGCACUGAGUAAGUGGCGAAUAAAGAAAAUUAAAAAAUCCGUUGAUACGGCGA